AGCACGCCGCAGGCUCGAGAGCGCCUGCUGACCCUCCCCGGGUUCCAACCUCCGUCGGUCUGCCCCAACACUGCUCGCCGCGCCAUGCCGCAGCGCCCCGCCGCCGUCCUCUGCGCCGCCCUCGCGGGCGCCGCCGCCCUCGGCGAGGCCCGCCGCGUGGUGGCGGGCGCCGAGGCCUACGCCGCCGCCGAGGAGGCCCGCCCGCUGGCGAACAGCACGCCGGAGGCGCUCCCCCGCGCGGGCUCGCUGCUGCAGGGCGCGGCCCUGCCCCUGGGCCCGCAGGGCUGGCCCGCGCUCGAGGGCGAGGCCGAGUGGGUGCUGAACGGCGCCCUGAAGGCGCUGGGCGUGCGCGGCAGCGAGGUGACGGGGCGUCUCCCUGAGCUCGUCGCGAAGCUCGAGGCGGCCCAUGCGCACAUGGAGGAGGAGUUGGUGGCCAUGAAUGCGCGCUUAGGCAAGAUGCCCAUGAGUGAGUCGCCCUCCACCGAGUUGCUGGCGCUCAUGAACACCUACAAGGUGCUCUUCGAUGAGCAGUGGAUCGGCGAAAGGAGCCCGCCUGCCGCUGGCCUGACGAACGCGGAGAUCCGUGCGAUCCAGGAGAGCGAGUUCCAUAUGACGGCCCCCAAGAUGGCCAGCGAGCUGCUGAAGGCCUGGCGCGAGCAUGGGCCCGCGGAGUACCGCGACGAGAAGUUCGACAAGAGGCUGGAGGAGGUGGCCGACAUGCUCCACUACCCGCAGGCGAAGCAGUCCCUGAGCAUCUCGGGCCACAUCUGGCAGCACCUCACCAACGUCUUCAUGCUCAUGGCGCGGUCCCUGCGGGACCUCAUCCAGCGGAGGCCACUAACCUGGAACUUGGGCGCCGUCGGCAUCGUGGGCUCCAACCUCUGCAACGCAGCGGCGCGCGAGGCGCGCGAGGACUUCCUUGCGGGGGCCACCAAGGGUCUGCACCUCAUGGAGUUCGCCAUCAGGUGGGUGCUGGAGAAGCACAUGAGGGUCGUGCGCAAGCUCUUCAUGGCGAUGCCCCGGCACAAGGCCUACUCCGAGGACGCGGCCUUCAUGGCGGAGCUCGCCGUAGCGGAGAAGUCGCUCGUCCACGAUUGGACGAAGGAGUUCAAGAUCGACUACGAGGCGCAGCUCGACAAAGCGACCCUCAAUAUCCAGCAGUUCAAGAUUCAGAGGAAGCUCCACGUCAUGGCCAGAGGCCCUGAAAAUACCCAGGUGAACAAGGACUACCAGAUCCAAGUUUGCACAGACGUGCCCGGGGCGGAGGGCCGCGACAGCACGGAGUUCCCUUCCUGCAAGUGCGGCAAGGACGAGGAGAAGGUCUACUGCGGCAUCGAGAAGGUCGCCGAGCGCAAGUUCGAUGCCGCGCAGGUCAGGAGCCACGUCGCGUGCACCUACAGCCAGCCCUACUGCGCCUCCCAGCCCAUGAAGCACGAGCUGCGGGACUUAGCUGUGCUCCUGGACCCCGUGCCGACUUCGGACUGCAGCAAGCUCUACGACGAGCUAGCGGACAGCUCAGUUGACCAGCUCGUGAUGUUCUUGGGCACCCAGAUGUACUACAUGCUGUACGGUACCGAGGAACCCAUCCGCAAGAACCCCGAUUUCGCUUCGACGAUGUAUGCCCGCCUCAAGGGCACGAAGACCGAGAACUUCAUCGGCAAGGCUUUCCCGAGCAUAGGCCAGCGGCAGAGGCUCCUGGACGAGAUGGAGAAGAAGAGCGCGAGCAUCGCAGACAUCGGCCAGGUGCAGGCCUACUUCCAGGACGCCAUGGUUAAAGGCAAGACCAUGAUCGCUCCCUGAGGCGGGCCGGUCCUGAAUCCCGGAGCAUGGCGGGAACGCCCAGCGCACGGGGCGGCGGGCGUCCUAUACACCUUUUGAGUUUAUGGAGGAGCGCGCAAGCAAGUACGUGUGCGGUACGGUAGCAGACUAGGGAUAGGAGCAGAAUCAAGAGUCGGGCUAGCCAGGUCGAGCGCGUCAGAGGGUCCGCCCAUUCCCAUCCUCCCAAGACAGAAGCUUUGAGACCCAGUGAAGGCGCAAC